AGAGAGGAGGAGAGAGAAGUCUUGUUAGUCAGCCUCCAACUUGGGGAGGAAGUUACCACCUCUUCCCAGACUCACACACACACACACACACACACACACACACACACACACACACACUCACUCAUGCGAUCUUGACGAUUUGAAGCACAGCGGCAAAGCCAGCCAGCCAGCCAGCCAGCCAGCAGGGAAACGCUCAGGGCUGCUUGCUGCUUGCUUGUGAUGUUUUGGAGGCAACCAUGUCGUUCCUGAAGCUCUCUGGAGCGUUUGACUUGGACGUGAUUUAGCUGGACACGCCGGGUUACCAAAUGAACUGUGGAGCCUGAGGACCAAAGAUCACAAGCCGGCUCCAGCGUCGAGGCACAAAAGAAGGAUUGGCAAAUCUGUUCCCAUCUCCGAGUAUUCUCCGGACACCAUGAGCUGCCACUGAAGACGGCUUGCUCCUUUGAUUUAGUGCUUUCAAGACGCCACCAUGGACGUGAAGAAAAAGGAAAUGGAUCUCCUGAGUAACAGUAUCGCUGCUUACGCGCACAUAAAGGCCAAUCCGGAGAGCUUCGGCCUCUACUUUGUGCUCGGCGUGUGCUUCGGCCUGGUUCUGACUCUCUGCUUGCUGGUCAUCCGCAUCUCCUGCAAGCCUCGCAUCCGAACCGCCGCCUUCGCGGCCGCCUCGUCGACGCUGGAGAAAAAAACGGCGCGGGACGACGAGGACCAGGAAAGCGAGGACGAGGAAGACGACGACGAGAGGGACGACGUGGAAGCGCCCUCUCCUUUGCUCGCCGCCGCCGCAGUCACCACGGAGAUCCCCGCCGGGAACCACAGCAACCACUCGGACGGGACGCUGAACGUGUUCACCUCGGCCGAGGAGCUGGAGAGGGCGCAGCGGCUGGAGGAGCGCGAGCGCAUCAUACGGGAAAUCUGGAGGAACGGACAGCCGGACAUCUUGGGAUCGGGGACGGGGACCAUCGGGAGAGUGCAUUACUACUAACAGACACCGAGCCGCUAAGACUUGAAGGCUGCAAGUGUCUUGUUACAGACUAAUGAAUCCAUGUUGACUAAACGAUGCAGAAGGAAUGGAGCCGAGGACACUUGAAAUACGGUGCUUGACGACAUGAAAUGGCCACACGGUGAUGUACUAUUCACAAAAUGUGUGUAAUAAUCAGCUUUCUGGGGAGCAGUUUCUGUGAUGAAUCGAGAUGAUUACGCACGCACACAGUGAAGUUUCCGCCGUGUCGACCAUGAAGAGCCACUGGAUGGCAAUAAAGGAAAUGAGUCGAAUGAGAUUGUCUGAACACAAACAUAUCACUUAAACUGAGGGCCGAGAUAGUGUUACAUGCAGUCAAAUGAAGGUUUCGACCAAAAGGAAAUUAAAGAUAAAAUCAAAUUAUUUGCAGAUGGUGCCCAAGGGGCAAACGGAUUUAUUUUAAAAAAAAAGUUGGCCGCGUCAUCUUUAAUCAUUUUCAAUGUACCGCCGUAUGUGCCUCAUUUUGAAUGGAAACGUAUCUUUUUAAUAAAAUCUGUGGGACCAACGAUACAAAGAUUAA